UGACAUCACCAUCAAACCGUCAUCGAUCCCCCUUCAUCUCAUUCUCUAUUAAAAUAGACCUACUUAUCCACGCCAUCUAAUCAUGGCAUUUGCAAACACAAAGCAAGGGAAGAAACAAGACCCAAACCAUCACAAACCAUCACAAAAUCGUGGAAGCCAUAAAAAAUGGGGAGGAAAUCAGAAUAACGGACGCAAUGGCUCUUACGCGUUCACAAACAACAAUACUAAUAGCAAUGGUCCUGUGGAAUCUAACUUUAAACAACCCGAGCCUUAUGUCGAAAGUCCAGACAUUGCAAAACUCAUGCACGAACGAAUGCUAUUUCUCCUGGUCCAUCUGACAGGUAGUGUUGUCCAUGUCACAGUUCGAGAUGGUACAAAAUUUGAAGGAGUCUUUCACGGUGCUUCUUCGGAGGGUGAUCUUGGUGUGUCACUCAAAAUGGCUCGGAAGAUCUACGAUCCUGCCGCCCCUCCGAGCGAAAACGGAAAGUCUAAUCCAGUCAAAAAGACUUUGUUGAUUGUUGCAAAAGAUCUGGUAGAAAUCAGUGCACCAGAUGUAGAUCUCACUGUAGGAGAAGGACCUGUCCAAGAUCGUGAUUCAUUCAAAACAGAUACAGAUAUUAGCAGUAAAAUGGAAUUUAAAGAACGCGAAUUACAUCGAUGGAAUCCUGAAGUACAAGGCAGUGCUUUGGAGUCGCUUGAAGAUAUGGAUGCCUCUGCAAAUAAUGCCGGGUCGUGGGAUCAAUUUGCGGCAAACGAGAAACUGUUUGGUCUCAAGACUGACUUUGAUGAGGAAAUAUAUACAACAAGGCUCGAUCGAUCAGCACCCGGGUACAAGGAUCGAGAGAAAAAGGCAAUUGAAAUGGCUAAUGAAAUUCAAAAGUCUACAACAACAAAUGUACAUUUGAUGGAAGAACGUGGAAUGGAAGUAGAAGAUAAUGGAAUGGACGAGGAAGACAGAUAUGGUGCAGUCGUACGUGAGGUAAACCCGAACAAGUAUAUGCCACCGGCUUUACGCAAGCUGCAACAACAACAACAACAACAACAACAACAACCAGCUGUAAAGAAAGAACCCUUGCAAGAAAAGCCUGUUUCAAAUCUUCCACCAAACAGUCCGCUCCACAAACUCACCACUGGAACACCCUCAAAAGCCGUCGCUCCAACCGGAGCUCCUCUUUCUUCUUCUCAUCCCAACAUGCGACAAGAAUCCAGUGCAGCACUCAGCAAAAUUGGAGGCAGUGUAAAGAAGCUUGGUGACUCUCCCUCAAGCAACAAACACAUCGAAGCAGAGAUCGCGACUACAUUUCGCCAGUUUGCCUUGGUUGAAAAGGACAAGCUCCAUGCAAAGAAGCAGGCGCUGCAGAAAAAAGAAAAGGACGGGCGCCUGGCUGAUCUGAGGAAUUUCCACAAAACCUUCAAGCUUAAUGUACCCGUUCCUCCUGAUCUUGUGCCUCUUUUGUCAAAAGGAAAAAAGAAAACCGGGUCUCCCGAAAGUGACAAGACAGUCAGCCUGCCUUCCCCCGAGGUUCUCAAUAAAGAGGCUAUUACCAAGGAAACAAUCAAAGAUGUGGCUAUUUCGACUGAAGAGAAAUACUCGGAGAAGUUUGAAAAAGAAUCAGCCUCGACUGCUUCUCCUCCUAUGGUAGCACCUGUUACUCCUCCUCCUACCGCUGCUGCUACUCCAGUUGCUGUUACCGUUGCUGCUGCUGCUGCCAACCCCGAGGAAUCUACAAAGUCUACUGUAGUAUCUGCAGCACCCAAGGCAUCUCUUGUCGGGUCCGGAUUCAAGUUUAAUGUCAAAGCUUCCGAAUUCAAGCCAAACCCUGUGGCACCUGCAUUUGUUCCUGGAGGAUCGCGCGUGGCUUCUAAUGAGUCGUCCCCAUUCUUUGCAGGCCGUUUGUUGAAGAAAGGGGGCUCUACAGAGCACCUUUCGGUAACAGAAAUGUUCUCGGCUCCUUUCUCACAUGGGAAGAAUGUGAGCCCCAGUUCUGUGGGACCUAUUUGGCCAUUCGGAAACAAGCCAUAUAGACACCAGUUUACUCAGUUUAUUCACUAUGAUGAAGACGUUUACACCGGUUAUCCUCCUCCCAAUUAUCCUUAUGGAUAUCCUCAGUAUCGCUAUCCUCAGCAAUAUAUGCCUGGUAUGGCUCCAAUUGCUGUUCAGCAACCUCCAGGAGCUCCUUACAUGAGUUCACAGUUUGUUCCCAGUGGACCCAUUAAUGGUGCACCGAUGCAACAUGGUGGAUCGCCUAUGCAGCAUGGCGGGGCCCCUCCGAAUGUUACAUAUAGCCCACAAAUGCCCAGUGGAUCACCCCACGGAUCUCCUUUCCCUCAAGGUUAUCCUUCUCCACAAAGGUCACCAAUGAUUCCGCAAGGGAUCCCACCACAUCAAGUGUACCAAUAUCAAGGAAACCCACCCCAUGGUGCUCCUAUGAUGAUGCGUUACCCUCCUGACAUGAUGCCUCCUAAUGGUUCAGGACCUUCUGUAAUGAUGCAACGGCCUAUGAUGGUAGAAUCUAAUAUGAUGCACUGCCCACCACAAGAACAUACUUCUCCUGAAAUACAGACGGACUAAAAACAAAAAGCAAAACAAAAGCAAAACAAAAAAAAACCAAAAAAAACCUUACCGACACACCAGUCCCACAUUAUACAACUUCCAUCAUUUUACACUAAAAUCUUCAAACACGCGCUCCCUCCUUCUACUGUAAAUUGCUUAUUCUUCAUUUCACUCUUUUACUCUUUCUUCAUUAUUCUUUUGAUAUUUGUUUUUUUUUUGUUUGUUUGAAAUGUCAAUUUGCGUUUGUUUUUUGAUACUUUAAAGCUAGCAGUAUGUUUCUGUUUCCUUUGUUUUUUUUGUAACAAGGAAGAGAACAAAGUAAAGAAAUAAAAACACACAUAUAUACAUAUAUAUAAAUAAAU